AUGUCUGUCUCCGAAGAUCUAAUCGACUUCGAAAUAAUCGAAAACCAAAAAGAAAACAUCCAAUCUCUCCCCCAAGGUCGCUCGGCCCGCGCUCUAGCAUCCAUGUUUUCCCCUUCUCCCCUCCACAAACUCAACACGCCGACCCCCUCCGAUACACAAAACCUGCACGAUGUAAUGAGAAGUGAAUACGAGAAUGAGCUCCUGAACAUCUCCGAGUCCGAUGAUCCGCUGGACAUCUACGACAGAUAUGUGCGCUGGACCAUGGACGCGUACCCCUCCGCGCAAGCAACGCCUGCAUCGCAGCUUCUCCCUCUCCUCGAGCGUGCGACCAAGACCUUUCAGAACUCUGCGCAGUAUAAAAACGAUCCACGAUACUUGAAGUUGUGGCUGAGUUACAUACGCUUCUUCUCGGAUGCGCCCCGCGAGACAUUCGCGUUCCUCGCCCGUCACAACAUUGGAGAGGGUUUGGCAUUGUUCUACGAAGAGUUCGCUGCGUGGCUGGAAGGCGCGGGGAGGUGGACACAGGCAGAGGAGGUGUAUAAAAUGGGCAUUGAGAAGGAGGCGCGACCUACCCCGAGGCUGCUGAGGAAGUACAAUGAGUUCCAGCAGCGAUUCGAGCAGAGGCCGGCCGAUGCGAAUGAGCCAUCUUCUCCGGCCCUUCCUACCGUUCGUCCUGCCCUCGCGGCGAAGAUUGACCCGUAUGCUGCGGCUGCAAUUCGAGAUCCGCAGGCACCACGGCCGAGCUCUGGGGUGGGCGGGGGAGUAGCGAAGAGUGGUAAACAAAAACUGCAGAUCUUUUCGGACGCUGGCGACGCUGGACCGACACCUGAAUCAAGCGAAGGCACAAAAGGCUGGGAGAGUAUUGGAUCGCUGGCAGACCGUAAGAAGGAAAACGUAAUGGAGCCCAAGCCAUGGGUGGGCGAGACAAUGAAGGCAGGUGGGAAGAAAAGCAGUACGAAAUUGGCAGUAUUCAAGGAUGAGGUACGUUCUAUUUUGCUACCUUCUCAUGCAGAUAUUGAUGAUCACAGGACUAAUGAUUGUCAAUUACGGCUUUAUGUAAUUCAGAAUUCUUUACCUACACGUUUCAACUACCCGCAAGUUACGGAUCCAGCGCAGCAGCAAGUGACUGUGAAUCCUAAAGGGAGGAUGGAGCGUGUGCAUGUUAACCUCGAAGCAAUAUAUCCUACGCCAGAUGAGAUUGGCUCCGAGCUGAGCCUGGAGGAGCUGAGGGCAAUUAGUCGCGGCUGGCUGUCUAAGGUUUGGGAGCCUGAGAAUGCGCCCACAAGGACUCUUAAGACUCCAAGCACGGGAGAAACUUCGUGGGUGAACGUUGAUACUGUUGCACGAGAAGUCUCGAAGCUUGUCCUCGCCCGUGACCCACCAGCAUUGGAUGAGAAUGGAGUGGCGAAGCCUAAGGGAAAAAGGAUGAAACUCAAAGAAGUCAAUGAGACUCAGAUCAUCAAAGCAAAACUUUCAUCCCCGUCCGGACCGAAGAUGAAGAAACGGAAAGCAUCCAAGGAACAAACUGUAACUCUGCACACUCGAGCUGCAAUGGAUGACAUCUACGACUUGUUCAACCAAACAUUGCCAGCAUCGGGAGGGCAGGUAGAAGAGGAGAUUGAGGUUGAGGACGAGGAUGAGGAAAGCGAAGAUGACGAUGAUAUGACCACAGACGGAGACUACACCAGUGGCGGUGAGAGCACUGGUACUGGACGACUACUUACCACCAGUGAAGCUGGCGAUGAUGAUAGAGACGACGGAGAUGACGAAACGUCGGAUGUGAAGAGUGUCAGUGAGUGGUCCGAGUUCACAGCCAGGAAACACAUUCCCGAUCUUGAGGAUGAUGAAGAUACUCGCGGGUCCAGAGCAACCGAUACAAACGAUGAAUUUCUGGAAGCAAACGAAGUUGGAAUACAUGCCGUGGAAGAACAUGAGGAGCUAUCGACACCCAUUUCACAGGAGCCCCCGGCAGUUACCAGGACCUCGUUUGUGCCGGUACCCCCAGAGGACUAUGAGCCGCCUCUUCGACCAUACCGAGAUGCCACUCAAGUUUCUCAAAACAAACUACCAUUUAUGACACCCAUUGCCGAGAAGACGGAGUCCACACUGGGUCUUCCUACUAUGCGCCAUGACAAAAAUUACUUCGCUUCCAAAACACCAAGCAGAGGGAAGGGCUCUCGGAAACCACCCGUUCGACUAGACAUUCUCGGCAGCAGCCCCUUCAAAGAAAUCAUUAAUGAAUCUAAGCCGACGGAGCGCAUCCCUCAACCUCAACUGGGCAAGUCCAACAAGACCAAGCCCACGUCUUUGGCGCCCACAGUCGUCCCAUUAGCAAAGUCGAUUGUACAGACCGGCCCCAGCAUCAAAGAUGCGCAAUGCAAUCCAGUGGACGACUACACGAGAAGUCAGAUCUUGGAAGCUUUGCACCCCCCUCUUUCAAGCUAUGCAGGUUUCUUUGACCACUCAUCUGAGACACUCGGCCGUACAAACGAACUCAAGAAGUACGCGAAAGCGAUCUCCAAGAUGAGUAAGAAUUCCAGCGACAAAACUGCAACAAAUCUAUCUGUGCCGCCUAUCCUGGAAUUUCCCGGGAUUGAGAGGAAAUAUAUAGUGAAGCGGGAGUUAGGCGCCGGUGCAUUCGCUCCUGUCUACCUCCUCGAAAGCAUCGCUGCCAAACAAGUCGAAGACCAUAAGAAUCCAAAUAUGAUUUCAAAGAAGAGGAGAGGAGGGAAAAGGCUGGAAGCUCUGAAGAUGGAAGAACCGCCCUCAGCAUGGGAAUUCCACAUUACCCGCCAAGCCAAACUCCGCCUCUCCCAUUCCCGAGUUGCAGAUUCUGUGAUUGAUGUGUACGAAAUGCAUCUCUACGCCGAUGAAUGCUAUCUUAUCGAAGAAUUUCGCGAUCAAGGCACCCUUCUCGACAUCAUCAAUCUAGCCCGCAUGGAUGCGAAGCCGACGUCCGCCGGCCCUGGUGUCAUGGAUGAAAGCCUCGUAAUGUUCUUUACCAUCGAACUCUUCCGCACCAUUGAGUCUCUCCACGCCCAGGGCAUUUUACACGGAGACCUAAAAGCAGACAACUGUCUCGUCCGUCUAGACCCCAUUCCCGACGAUAAUGUAUGGUCCCAGAAAUACCGCCGCGAUGGCUCAGGUGGCUGGGGAAAGAAAGGCGUCGCACUGAUCGACUUUGGAAGAGGCAUUGAUAUGCGGAACUUCCGCCCUGAUGUUCAGUUCAUCGCUGACUGGAAAACGGGGCCGGCCGACUGUGCUGAGAUGCGCGAGUUGAGACCGUGGACAUACCAAAUCGACUACCACGGCCUCGCAGGCAUUAUCCACAGUAUGCUAUUCGGCAAAUAUAUUGACACCAUCGCUGACAAGAGCACCGGUCUGGGCGGGAACAAGAGCUGGAGGAUCCGCGAGGGACUGAAACGGUACUGGCAGACUGAGAUUUGGAGCAGUGUGUUCGAUCUACUGCUCAAUCCUACGGCAAACGUGGGAGGCGAGGAGGGGGGCAAGAUGCCGGUGUUGAAGGGGAUGCGAGGGUGUCGGGAGAGGAUGGAGGAGUGGCUUGAAGGGAACUCGGAAAAGGGACAAGGUCUUCAGGCCGGACUGAGGAGGCUGGAGCAGACUCUGGGUUCAAGGAAGAAGUGGUUAGAAGGGUCAAAAUAUAAUUCGCUUAAAGUCAAGGUCAGGCAGGCACCCACUGCAGCCAGCCAGCAGUGGAGCCAACAAGCCGGCGAGAAUACCGAACCAAUAAAGGCUCAGUCAGCGAUGGGGCCGAACUUCCCAUCAAUGUCCUUUGCGAGCAGCUCUGGGUAUUUGGCGAUAUCUUUUGAUGGACUUGACUUAUCUGAAAUCCUUUCCCGUGGAUUUGCUAGGUGGUGGCUAAUAGAUCCAGCUGUGACCGAAGCACCCACAUUCGAAGCGCUGCGUUCUGAAGGCUCAGACAGGCGGAGUAAGUGGCACAUCCGGCUCGAGGUCCGAGGUAGCCAAGCAUUGGCUACAGGAUCACGAAUACCAGAUAAGCUAUCCAAAAGACAAGAAGGGAAGUUGAUUGUGAUACAAGAAGGUAGAGAAGUUUUCGAGUGCUCGUGUGCUUGCGUGCUCGGGUGCUCGGGUGCUUGUUGGGAGACCGAGAUACACUGUGCCAUGAAGCUUGUCGCCAAAUGCUUGAGUAUACAAGCUCAUUGUAAGAUUCUACAGCCGUCAAAGCUGCCCCAGUUGCCAAGUUCCUUGGGUUCCUUGGACCCUGGAGAAUCGCGGGGUCGCGACAGUGCAAGUCCUCCCCAGGAUGCGCCUCUAAAGCAAGUCACGACCAAAGACGUUGAAGAGAACGUUGAAGAGAAAGUUGAGGACAUUUCCACCUUCGACGUCCAACAAACAAAGAAACUCCUCAGAAAGAUUGAUUGGCACCUCAUUCCCUUUCUUUCUCUUCUGUACCUCCUCUCAUUUCUCGAUCGUACAAACAUCGGAAAUGCCAAGCUCUUUGGACUGGAGAAGUCCUUGAACAUGAAGGGCAUGCAAUACAACACAGCUCUGUUUGAAGCCGGAAAUAUGACCCGCAAAGCUUCUGACCGCUUCAGUCGUGACCUAUGUACUCUUCGAGGUUCCCUCAAACAUGAUCCUCAAGAGAUGGAGAGCUUGACGGACUUCAAGGGUCUAGUCAUUGCUCGAGUCUUCCUUGGAAUGGCAGAGUCCGGUCUAUUCCCAGGCGUGAACUACUACAUUACCCUGUGGUACGCAAGAAAGGAGUGUGCGUUUCGAGCGGCAAUCUUUUUCUCGGCGGCCACCGUAGCAGGUGCAUUUGGUGGCCUGCUUGCAAGAUUGAUCAACGAGAUGGAUGGUACGGGAGGUAGACCUGGCUGGGCAUGGAUAUUCAUUCUCGAAGGCCUUCUCACAGUCGUCGUUGCAUUUGUAGCAUUUUGGGCCAUGUCUGACAACCCGCAAACUGCGACUUUCCUGACUACAGAAGAAGCAAAAGAGGUCUACCUGCGGUUGAAGCACGACAAUGAGUAUGCCACAUUCCCACUUAUUCAUAUUCGCAGGCCUUUUCUAAUCCGCUUCCAGCGAUUUAGCGCAUCACUACGACACAAAGUUCAUGAUCCACGCCUUCGCGGAUUGGAAAAUCUGGCUUCAGUCCGUCAGGCAACUACUGACUCCCUUGUGUUUUCCACAGGGAUACUCGGACGCGAUGUCCCAACUCCUGACAGUUGUUUCCAGCACACGUUAACCAUCCGCAGUUUCUUAUCCAUCUUUAGUCUCACAGCCAUCGUUGGAUACAUCUUGCUGCUAUCGACCGACAUUCCAGGUGUACAGUACACCGGGACAUUCUUGGCAGCCAGUGGGGUGUAUCCUGCCAUCCCUAUCAUGGUUAUGUGGAACGGCAACAACAUUGGCGGCUCCACGAAGCGUGGCGUGGGAAUCGCGAUCCAAAUCGGAUUUGGUAACUGCGGUGGAGUCAUCGCAUCGUUCAUCUAUCGCAACCAAGACGCGCCUCGCUACUACUUGGGUCACGGAACCUGUCUCGGUUUCCUUGGGAUGUCCUUCAUUCUCAUUCUCGCGCAAAUGGCCAUCCUCAAGUUCAUCAACAAGCGCCGAGACAAGGAUCACCCCCACCCCAGCACUUAUACGACCGAGAUGAAGGUGGCUGAAAGAGACAACGGAGAUCAGGCGAGCUUUUUCAGAUACACCAUUUAA